AUGUCUCUCUCAUCUGUUCUUCUUUGCCUGAGUUUGGGAGCUUUGGCAAACUCUGCUGCUGGAAGUGACUGGUGCUACAGUGGCUGUGAACACACCCCGGCACACUGGAAAGAUAUCCCAGAUGCUUUCUGUGGAAACAAAAGGCAGUCUCCUAUUGACAUAGUCACCAGCCAUGUUUUGACAGACCAUACCCUGGUGAACUUUACCCUCACCAACUUUUCCUCUCCACAUGUCAUCAAGACAAUCGAGAACAAUGGACAUACAGUUAAAUGCAACCUGGUGGAAAAUGAGGUUGAAGUGAGCGGAGGAGGACUCAAAGAAACAUACUCUACACUUCAGUUGCACUUUCACUGGGGUGAUACAGAACAUCACCCAGGUUCAGAGCACCUGAUUGAUGGGCACAGAUAUCCAAUGGAGAUGCACAUAGUCAGUCUGAAGAAAGGUCUCACUGUGGAGGAGGCCAAGGCUGAUCCAGAGGGAAUUGCAGUUCUUGGGUUUUUCAUAAACGCAACAGAUGAUGGUGAUAUGUCAGAACCAUGGAGCAAUCUCACAUCUUAUCUGAUGAACAAAACAGAACCUGCUGUUAAUAUAACACAUAACAUAUCUAUCAGUGACCUGAUUGAAAAUGUAGACCUCACAAAAUUUUAUCGAUACAUGGGCUCCCUGACCACCCCUUCAUGCAAUGAAGCUGUCGUUUGGACUGUCUUUCAAGAGCCAAUCAACAUUCAUAAAAAUCUGGUGAGUUUGGUAGACUGGAAAUCUUUCUUUGGCAGGGAAGAGGUGGAAAGUCCAUGGUGCUAUGAUGAUCAUCACGAGUACAGUCCUUCGAAUUGGCACCUUCUGCCUCAGUCCCACUGUGGUAAGAAAAGCCAGUCACCUAUCAACAUUGAGACAAAGGAGGCCAUGACAAACAAACAUCUUAAUAACUUCACCUUUACAAAGUUUGACGACAAACAUGCCAUCAAGUACAUCACUAAUACUGGCCAUUCAGUCAAGUGUGUACUGGAAGAGGAUAUGGUGGAGGUGUCCGGGGGUGGUUUAGGAUACGUCUACUCCACCCUGCAGUUCCACUUCCAUUGGGGCAGCGAGUCACAUGACUCUGGGGGCUCCGAGCAUACAGUGGAUACAAAAAGAUACCCAAUGGAGAUGCACAUAGUGAACAAGAGGAAGGAUUUAACCCUGGAAGAAGCCAUAAAGACUCCGAAUGGCCUGGCAGUGCUGGGAUUCUUUAUCGAGGCACCUCAUGCUGACAAAAGUAGCAGUAGUUCAGAUCAUCAUGAGACAAAUCCUACGUCAACUACCACAUCAAACAUGGAAGCCUGGAAAAAUCUCACCAACUACCUGUCAAAAAUUCAAAAUACCAAAACAAAAGUUGACUUCACAGAGAUGAUUUCCAUUGAUGACUUGCUUGGCGAAGUGGACCGUACUGCAUACUUCCGCUACAAUGGCUCCUUAACAACCCCUUCUUGCAAUGAAGCAGUGGUUUGGACGGUCUUUAAAGAGUCUGUCAAGGUGGACCAAAAUCUGAUGAUGAUGUUCCCGAAUCAGACCAAAAAUCACAACGUGUAUCGACCCAAGCAGUCUCUCAAUGACAGGAAAAUCUACACCACAGCAGGAUCCAGUGUGCAUGGACCCAUCAUACGGUUUCUGCUGCUGGCCUGUUUGUGCCAUUUUAAUCUCUAA